AUGAAGCUAUUCAAGCCGCUCGACUAUCGCACGUACAGAGUGAGCUGGAACUGCGUCAUCAAGGGGCCAUGUCAACCGCCCGAGGUUGAGGCAGUACGCAAUGAUAUCUAUAUUGAGAUGCCCUUUGUACGCGGCGAUCCGCUGGACCCCGUCUGGCACGGACUGUCUCAGGAAGCACGGGAGGCGAUCGCCUCUGAGAUCACAGAGCACUUGACGACACUUCGCCAAGUACCGCCUCCUGCGCAGGACCUGGUGGCCUCUGCGUACCAGAAUCCGGCACAUGACAGCCGCGUAAGCAAUCGAUUCUUCGGCCCCUGCACGCAGCGCGAAUUCCACCCCCUGUUGCGCACCCAUCUUCCCGAGGACUGGAUCCGGUCUGUGCUCGACGAAAACACGGAGACGGUGCAUACGAAGCAGUACAAGACGGUAUUCACACAUGCCGAUCUGGCUCCUCGCAACAUCAUGAUGAGGAACGGACGGCUCACCGCGAUUAUCGACUGGGGCAACGCGGGAUGGUAUCCGGAAUACUGGGAGUAUACCAAGAUGCACUACAAAUAUUUUGCAGAGGACUGGUACGAACUCAUCGAACGGAGACUCCCAUGCUACGAAGCAGGGCUCGACGCCGAGCGGGCGGUCAUAGCAAGAUAUGGCGAUGACAUUGGCACCCCAGCGGUCUUGCAUAGAGAAGGCGUCACCAGGCAUCGUGAAGGGUCGAAGCCGGCCAAGGAGUGGUUGGCAGCCAGAGCUGGCCGUCCGUGGACAGACCUCUGGUCGUUAGCUCUGGCGAACCUCAAGAUUGAGGCGUGA